CGUUAGUAAAGACUUUCUAAAGGAGGUGAUUUCAAGUGAUUUAAUGUGAUUUCAAUGACAAUUUACCAGUGGAACGGAGAAUAAGUUUAUCAGUGUCUACUUUCCGCAAGACAAUGCAGAGGUGCGGCGACAAAAUGUGUAAAGACGGUUGAGCGACUUGCGCGUCGGUCCACGGCGCGCACAUCACAAACAUGUCUUUCUUCAAUAAUCUCAAGAAGGUGCUGCACCUCGGUAGCGGCCAUGACGCGAAGAAGAAGAGGGUGUUCAGCAACAUCCGCGACAACAGCGACCCCGCCGAGUACUGGGAGAUGAUCGGCGAGCUGGGGGAUGGCGCUUUCGGCAAGGUGUACAAAGCGCAGCACAAGACGACGGGCCAGCUGGCGGCGGCGAAGAUGUGCGUGCUGGACAACGAGGACGACCUCGCCGACUUCACCGUCGAGAUCGACAUACUCACCGAGUGUAGACACCCUAACGUCGUCGAGCUGCACGAGGCCUACUUCAUUGAUAAUAAGCUAUGGAUGCUGCUGGAGUACUGCGACGGCGGCGCCCUGGACUCCGUGAUGUCGGAGCUGGAGAAGGGUCUCAGUGAGCGGCAGAUCGCGUACGUGUGCCGCGAGAUGUGCCGCGGCCUGCAGUUCCUGCACUCGCGCCGCGUCAUACACAGAGACCUCAAGGCGGGCAACGUGCUGGCCACCAUGACGGGCGGAGUUAAACUCGCGGAUUUCGGUGUGUCGGCAAAGAACAAGUCGACCCUGCAGAAACACGACACGUUCAUUGGAACACCGUACUGGAUGGCGCCAGAGGUUGUGCUCUGCGAGACGUUCAGAGAUAAUCCCUAUGAUUUCAAGGUGGACAUCUGGUCGUUGGGCAUAACUCUGAUCGAGUUCGCUCAGAUGGAGCCGCCCAACCACGAGAUGACGCCGAUGCGGGUGCUGCUCAAGAUACAGAAGAGCGAGCCGCCCACGCUCGACCAGCCCUCGCUCUGGUCCAAGACCUUCAAUGAUUUUGUUGCUAAGGCGCUCGUCAAGGAUCCUGAAAAACGGCCAACGGCAACGGAUCUGUUGAAACACGAUUUCGUCGGCGGUAACCUGGACGCCAAGCCGCUCAGAGAUCUGCUGCUUGAAUACCGAGCUGAGGUCGUCGAAGAGGAGUUGUUGGAUGAUGAUUCUGAGGAACAUCGCAGCUCUCAGAUGCAUAUGGAGAUGGAAGAUGAUUCGACGUCGGUGAGGUCGGGCGACACGCCGGAUGUCAAAUCGGCGGAGCCUGCAGCCCCGGCCCCACCUGUUCCCGCAGCGGCCGCCGCCCCGCCCGCAGCCCCGCCCGCCGCCGCCAAACGACCCAUCGAAGACCCGGCCCCCGCUGACAAGAAACUGCCUCCAAAGAAAGAGAAGGGACCGGCGCCUCCUCCUCCCGCGGCGACAACGCCCUCCGCGCCGCAGCCUCCGACGCCCGCACCGGUACAGACUCAACCCCCCGCAGUUCAACCCCCCGCGGUUCAGUCGCCGCAACCCCCUGCGCCGCCGUCACCCGUGCACAGUGUGGCGUCGUCCCGUGGCCGCAAGCAGCCCGCGCCGCCGCCGCCCGCGCUUGUCGAGCCCGCAAACGUUGCCCCCGCGCCCACAAGCGUUGCCCCCGCGCCGGCCAUGCCCCCUACGCCCACCACGCCGACCACGCCCACGCCCGCCGCCGCCGCCGGACUCAUUGUGGAUCAGGUAUGUCGGGAAGCAGAGAAAGCUGUCGAAGAGAAGGUGGAGCAAAAAUCGGAGAAGGAUAUUAUCGAUAAGGACGUCAAACCAAAGCGAGACGAGAGAGACGAGAAGCCCAUCCGAGUCAACGGCACACCCGAGCUGGUAAAAGAGAAACCCGAAGUCAAAUUAGAUAAACAAGCUAGUGUAGAAAUUAAGGAUACAAAGUUUAAAUCGGACGUAGUUAGCGAGAAACCUAGUCUAAGUAAAGAAACGAGGAGUGCGGACGAUUUGAGAGUGAACGUUCCGGUUAACGAAAUGAACAGGCGAAGCGCAGACGUCACCCAGAUGAUACAUGACAUCAACAAGUCUAACAUACAAGUGACGGAAGUUAGAGUGGAGAAGCACAGGUCCAGCUCGACAGAUGACAUAGAGAAAACGGAUAAGAAGAGAGUCAGCGCAGAGAUAAGUAGGAUAGAAUCUAGAUCAAGAUCCGCCGACGAUAAGGACAGAGUAGAAAUAAAGAGAGUGAGCAGGACGGACUACUCGAGAUCAAGUUCCAACGAGGAGAUGGAGAAAGACAGGAGAGAAGUGCCAAUGUCACCCAACACAGUAGAAAUUAGACCAGUGACGCCGAGCCGCGACCACGCGGUGACGGUGGUGUCGGUGUCGGCGGAGCCCAACUCGCUGGCGGCGGCGCCGGUCGGCCUCGUGACGGUCACCACGACGCACCCGCCCGUGCUCAACACCGCUGCACCAUUGCCGCCGAACGCCGUGACGAUAUCGACGACGCCGCCGAUCGCGGACGAGGUGGUCAUCGUGGGCGCCGGCUCCUCAUCAGACGACGACGCCUUCGCCCCCUCGUCGCUCGACUCGCUCGACUGCAACAACUCCUACACGGAAAAAAGCCGCGGGCGUAGGCUGGACAGCAGCGAGGUGCUCAUCCUCAGCCCCGGCGCCGGCGACUCCGGCGUCUUCGACGACAGCCACGCCAACCAUCUCAACCUGGACACGUCCCACGUGUCGGUCGUGACGGUCGGCGCGUCGGAGGUGCGCGUGCGAGACUCGGCCGCGACGCACAUCGCGCUCACACGCCCGCUCAGCCCCGACAGCUUCCACAGUGGACUCAGCCGGCGCUCGCAGUCGGACAGCGGGUCGGUGGCGUCGGUGGGGUCGCGGCGCGGCGACGCGGACUCGCUCGCGACGUCCGCCACGUCCGCCACCUCGCACACGAGCGUGUCGCACGACUCGCCGCACAUGCACCUCAACGGCGGCACUAGGGUGAACGCUGAAACUCCGCCGGAACCCGAAGGCGAGGAGCAGGUCGUGUUAAGGAGGAAACCUCAAGACGGACAAGUCAACAGGAUACAAAGGUCCAAAGAGGACAUACACAUGGCAAAUCUCAAAAAGAAGACGAGAAAACGCACGAGAAAGUUUGAGAUUGACGGCGUCGUAGUCACCACUACUACCUCCAAGGUGAUCUGGGGCGACGAGGAGAGCGGGCGCACGUGGGACGACCACGCGCUCCGCAAGCAGGAGCUGCGCGAGAUCAAGAUGCUGCAGAAGCAGGAGCAGAAGCAGUUCCAGGACCUCCACGCCAAGGAACACCAGCUCAAGGAUCAGCAGGACAAGAGGUUCGAGGCGGAGCUGGCGUCGCUGACGCGCGCGCACGAGGCGGACCUAGAGACGCUGGCGCGGGCGCAGCGCGCCGCCGCCGAGCGCGCCGAGCAGCAGCUCGAGACGGAGCUGCGGCAUCACAGCAAGCGCCUGCGAGCAGAGCACGAGCGCGACCUCAGACACUUCCGCGACACGCUAAAGCAGGAGUUGAGGCUGCUCAAACAGGAAGUGGAACUAGUUGCGAAGGAGCGCCGCAAGGAGGCCUAUCGGACGCGGCGCGCGCGACUCGACGCUGAGCAGGCGGCGCGCGAGCGGGCGUUCGUAGCGGCGCUCGCGGACGCCGCGGACGGCGUGCUGCGGCGGCUGCACGAGCACCACCGCGAGCGGCAGGCGCUCGCCGACCGACAGUACCUGCAGCAGCGGCAUCAGAUAAUGCGCACGCGCGAGGCGGCUUUGUGGGAGCUGGAGGAGAAACAGAUCCACGAGCGGCACCAGCUCGCCAAGCGCCAGCUCAAGGACGAGUUCCUGCUGCGCCGCCACCAGAUGCUCGUGCGACACGACAAGGAGCUGGAGCAGAUUAAGCGGAAAAACGCGCGCAAGGAGGAGGAGCUCGCGAAGUGCCAGGCGCUCGAGAAGCGGUCGCUGCCGAAGCGCAUCCGCGCGGAGCAGAAGGCGCGCGAGAUGAUGUUCCGCGAGUCGCUGCGGAUCGGCGCCACGCCCUCGCACGAGGAUGAGCGGGAGCGGCUCAAGAAGUUCCAAGAGAACGAGAAGAGGCGGUACCGAGCGGAGCAACAGCGGCUCACCACCAAACAUACCAAAGCCAGGGAGGAGCUCAAGGCCGCCGGGGAGGCACUGCUGCGUGAGCUGGAACAAUACCAGAACGAGAAGCGCAAGGCGCUGAUGAACCACGAGAACAGCAAAAUGAAGGCGAUCGAGGAGCGAUACGCCGCCGAGCUCAAGGAGUGGCGCGCGACCCUCAACGACAGGAAACAGGCGUUGGAGGACGAGUUCACGACGCAGUUGGAGGAGCAGGAGCGGAUGGCGGCGAACGCGCGACUCCCGCCCCCCACUUCCACCAUGCCGCAGCACAGCUCCACUCUACACUCGUCCAGAACCAGCCUAGCCUCCAGUCACUACGAAUGAUUGUAUAUAGUCGAAGUAUUCAACUGGAAAUGCAUAAUGCACAAAUAAAUAUGGCCCUUUAGUGUCUAAAUUGGCCACGAAUUCUUUCCGAGAAUUUUUAGCGGAAAGAAAGUAUUGUCUAUGGUUAAAAUUGUUGCGGUCCUAGCCGGUCGCCAUGGAGACUAAAAAGGAAGUUGGCGCCAAAACGAAAUGGCGCUGUACCUACUACCAGAUAUUUUCUUAUUCCUAGUCUCCCUGGCUCCGGUAGCACUGAAGCGAGUGCCAAAUUAUUAUAACACUCCUGUAAUAUGGCCACUUAAUUUGGAGUUUUUAUCGCGAAUGUUUCAUUUAUUUUUGCUAAUAAGUAAUUUUACAAUGAGUUUUGAUAAACGAUUGUAGUGUAUUUUUUUUAGUUUUACGCCCAUAAUGUACAAUAUUGACUUAGGGACGAGUAUGUACCAAAUGAGGAGCUCCAACAAUUAUAUUGAACCACGUUUAAUGUCAACUUACAAAUUGUUAUUUGUUGAACUUGUAAGUGCUCUAUAAUAUUUAUUUAUACUAGAUAGUUCCUUCUUUUACCUUCCCCAUAGAGACAUUUAUUAAAGUUACAAUAAUCGGUUAUAAUUACUACUAAGAUUUUUCGCUGUAUUAUUUACUACACUUCCCAUCCAUUAGAAAAGUUAACACCCAAUAUAAUCUAGUAUUAAUCGAGUCCUUCCAUUUUCGAAAACAUAUCAGUAAUUUUAGUUUCGGGAAACGUGGUACAAUAUAAACAUUAUAUUAUACAUAUUAUAUGUGAAAUGAAUGAUACGAAACGAUGGAAUUGAUAGCUAAAUCGUGGUGCUUGCGUAUGCGCAACGUCGAGACUGCUCGCUUAUAAGACACCAAUGUGGUAUUAAAAUUUAUGACUUUUGUGUAAUAUAGUAGAUCUACCAAAGAUUAUAAAAUUGAGCAUCAACUACAAUACAUAAGAUAUGGCCGUGAAAUAGCGUUGUUGUAAAACCAGCCUUACUUUGUUGUUUAUAGAACUUUCUUACUUUUUGUAGUUUAAAUUCAAAUGUAGGUUAUCGUACUAUAAAGAAAUACAGUGGCAUGAUAAUUUGGCCGAUGUUAUAGCAAUUCUAUUAAAGUUAAAGUUGCACUUAACAGAGUGUAGAAAGAAAGGCUAAGAAAAUAAAUGUACUUAUUACCAUCUUUGGUGGAUCUAUGGUAUUGCAGUGUUCGUGUUAGGUGUAUGAAAUCGGCCUAAAUAUUGGUAGGAUGUCGGAAUGGGUGAUUUUCGAACUGUUUUUUCCAUAUCGUUAGGUUAGGGUCGCAUUAACAAAGACUUUAUUUUAGAUAUCGUGUGCUUACAAUGAUUAGUCAUCGAUGUAAAUUUUGUACAGUAGCUGACCAGAGCCGGUCCGCUGUGGUGACUGAAUGUAGAUAUAGGCGGAAUAUUUCCCUGUACAGUAUUUCAUUAUUUAAACUACUUAAUGUAAAUUAACUGGAUCUAAUUCGAACCACGAGUCACAAAAUUUCAUAUUAUAUCGUGUGAAAUUCUGUGGCCGGCCUCGUGGUCCAAACUACGACCAUUUCUAACAAAGCCAACUAUCGACUGAACUUGAAAUUGGUCUCGCUAGAUGGCGCUGAGCAAAACGAUGAACAGUCUCACGCUCGAUAUCGACCCUUGCUAUCUAGUGUGGAGAAUUUUGUAAUGGAUUAGAAACUGACAGCGCCAUCUAGCGACAAAAACAUGGCAAAUAUCCAUGAUAGUAUGAACUCUGCAAUCGUCUACUCUGUUGUAUAAGAAAUGUGUGUUUUAAACGUAGGUGCAGGUAGAUUUUGUCAUAACGUGGUGAAAAAUCUUGAAUAUAUUUCCGUUUUCUCAUCGAAUAACGUUUCUAUCUUUAAUUUGAAACUCCACAGACUAAACCAAAGACGCUUUCUACAAUAAACCUAGUCUCUGAAAGCUU